AUGCCUUCAAGACAUGGCAGAGAGAAUCGCGAUCACGGAGAGCUACAUGAAGCGGACUACGAGCAGUGGGCUAGGGAGCAAUAUGGAACACGCAAUGCAGGUUCAGAAACCCAACAGGACAUGGGUAAAAUGAAUGCCAUUGAUUUGCCCGAUCUAUGCGGAAACCUGGCACACAAUGUGCGACCCUCCAUCGUCCCUACAUCGGUAUAUCCAAGUAUCCAGUCCCAACUGCCAUUGGAGAAACAAGUUACUAUGCUAUUCUUUGUGUUGGGUUUCCUUCUGAUUGUUUUGGCGGUUCUGUACGCUUUGAAGGACAAGAAGGAAAAACCAGAUGAUAUUAUCGCCUGA